AGACAAGAGUGUCUUACGCUAGAAUCUUAAAAAGAUGACGGAAAAAGCAAUUAUAUUGGCGUUGUGUUUGCUGUACUAUUUUGUCCCCGAUGCCCAUUGUGGCAUCGAUCGACCACGGGGUGUACCAGCAUCCAAGGCAUCAUAUUAUAAACCUGGAGAAACAUUUAAAUGUAUAACUGACGGUAAAACUAUACCAUUUGAGUAUAUUAAUGAUGAUUAUUGUGAUUGUGAUGAUGGCUCAGAUGAACCGGGAACGUCUGCCUGUCCUAUGAUGAUGUUUUAUUGUGAAAACAAGGGACAUAAACCAGAGUAUAUUUUAUCAUCUAGAUAUAAUGAUGGUAUAUGUGAUUGCUGUGAUGGUUCUGAUGAAUUCGGAGGUGAAAAAAUUCAAUGUCAAAACUUUUGCGAAGAAAUUGGGCGUAAAGAUAGAGAAGAUAGAGAAAGAUUAAUACUAUUACAAACAGAGGGUUUUAAAGUCAAAUUAAGUUAUAUACAACUAGGUCAGAGCCUGCAACAGGAGAAAAAGGCAAGACUAACUGAGAUUGCAAGUGAAAAAGACACAUAUGAAAAAUUAAAAACAGAUUUAGAAGCCAAGAAAAAUGAAGCUGAAGCUCCUGAGAAAGAAGCUAAAGAAAAACAUGAAAAAGCCUGGGAAGAAGAAAAAGAGAAAAAGAAGGCAGUUAAGGAAAGAGAAACAGCUCUAAUGGCUUUUGAUGAAAUUGAUGCUAAUGAUGAUCAACAUGUUGAAAUUCACGAAAUGUUGUUACAUCCAGAGUUUGAUAUAGAUUCUGAUGGUACAGUUAGUCAUGAUGAAGCUAAGGAAUAUCUAGAAGAGUUGGAAAGAGCUGGUCAAGAUGAAUUCUUAGAAAAGAUCUGGCCAAAUAUAAAAGAGAUAUUUAAAAGUAAAAAGUUUAGUGAUGAUGUGAAAGAAGUGGAAACUACUGAGAGUACAACAGAACAGAAAGAACCUGAGGUAAAACCUCAACCAAAAAGGGAUAAUUGGGCAAAACAUGAGUAUGGGGAUGAUGAUGAUGAGGAUGAGGAAGAGGAUGAUGAGGAACUUGAGGAUGAGGACUAUGAUGCAACAACGCCACCACCACCAGUGGAAGAAGUUCCAGAAGAUAAGAUGCCAGAUUAUGAUGAAGAAACUCAGAAAUUAAUUGAUGCUGCCGAACAAGCAAGAAAUGAAUUUAAUGAUGCAGAUAGGAAAGUAAAGGACACAGAAAAUGAAAUUAAUACUGUACGACAAUAUUUAGAUAUAGAUUUUGGUCCAGAGUUUGAAUAUGGUAGUCUAAAAGGGCAAUGUUUUGAAAUGACAGAUAGAGAAUAUACUUAUAAAUUAUGUCCCUUUGAUAAAGCUUCACAAAGACCUAAAAAUGGUGGUUCAGAAACAAGUUUAGGGAACUGGGGUCACUGGUCUGGUAGUGAAGCAGAUAAAUAUUCAGCUAUGAAAUAUGAAAAGGGUCAAAAUUGUUGGAGUGGACCUGAUAGAUCUGUUGAGGUUAUCUUACAAUGUGGUACAGAAAAUUUAUUACUAUCAGCAUCAGAACCUAGUCGGUGUGAAUAUAGAUUUGAUUUUGCUACACCAGCAAGAUGUAUAGAUCCUGCUACAUUACAACCUUCACCUAAAGACACACAUGAUGAACUGUAGAUUCUCAUUUUUUAAAAAUAAAAAAUAUUUUGAAAAUUACAUUUU